AUGGAAAAGAAAUCCAAUGAAAGUUUCAGACAGUAUGCACAAAGGUGGAGAGAGGUGGCCAUACAAGUUCAGCCGCCACUUCUAGAAAAGGAGACAACGAUGCUCUUUAUCAACACAUUGAAGGCCCCUUUUAUCACUCAUAUGUUGGGAAGCGCCACCAAAAGCUUCUCUGACAUAGUGAUGAUGGGGGAAAUGAUCGAAAAUGCUGUGAGGAGUGGUAAGAUAGAAUCGGGAGAGAGUGUUAGGAAGUCGGCCUCGAGGAAAAGAGAUAACAAAGUGAACAACACGAGCACAUUCAACAAGGGUCAAUCCAAGUCAUUCACCGUAAAUCAACCCAAGAUGGUGACCACCAAUCAGCAAAGCUCUGUAAGACAAGAAUCCAACACGAGAGAGAACACAGAGAGGCCACAGUUCACCCCUAUACCCAUGACGUAUAGGGAGUUGUACCAGAACCUGUUCAACGCUCGUGUAGUGUCCCCUUUUUACCUAAAGCUUCUACAGCCCCCGUAUCCCAAAUGGUAUGACACAAACUCCCAAUGUGAAUACCACGCGGGAAUCACCGGGUACUCAAUCAAAAACUGCACUGCGUUCAAGAAAGUAGUCGAAAGACUCAUUAAGAUGGGGAUCAUAAGGUUUGACAAACCAGCAGUAUCCAACGUAGCAGGAAACCCACUCCCCAAUCAUACCGACCAAGGAGUGAAUGGGAUAAGCGAAGGCAAGAACAAGAAGGUCAAAAGUGAGGUUAGAGAAGUCAGGACCCCAUUGAGACGGGUGUGGAAGGAGAUGGCCAAGCGAGGAUUUAUCGCGUUGGAUUCGAGGGCCCUAGUACAGAACAUGAUGGAUAAUAAGGAAAUGGAAUUCUAUGAAGAGAUCGAAGACCCCGUAGAGGGAGAUAUAUGUGCGUCGGAGGGAGAAUCGACGACACAGAAUCAAACAGCUAACUAUCCCGUGAAUUAUGAUUGUAACGUGACGAUUCCGGGAAAAGAAAGCCUGGUGGAUGCUUUAAAAGAGGGUCAAGACAGGGGCUCCUAUACACGUAGCGGGAGACGUUACGAUACAACAAAUGAGGAGGUACAACCCGUAAAAGGAAAAGCCCCAGUGGUCGAAAAAAUAAAGGAAAAAGUAACCAAAUCUGUUAACGAGCCAGUUAACGAAGAGGAGGCCAAGGAGUUUUUAAAAUUCCUAAAGCAUAGUGAAUACAGUAUGGUGGAACAGCUAUGUAAACAGUCGGCUCGUAUCUCGAUGCUAGCCUUACUUCUAAGCUCGGAAGUUCAUCGCAGCGAAUUGAUGAAGGUCUUGAAUGAAACAUACGUUGCCAACGAUAUCUCCGUUAACAAACUAGACUAUUUAGUUAGUAACAUCAGUGCUGACAAUUAUAUUUUCUUCAAUGAUGAUGAGAUACCACCCAGGGGCAUGGGGUCGACUAAAGCUUUGCAUAUCACCACGCGUUGUAAAGGGUAUACGCUGCCAGGUGUACUAAUUGACAAUGGUUCGGCCUUGAACGUCUUGCCCUUGACUACACUUAACAGAUUACCUGUAGACAGCUCUCACAUGAAGGAGUACUAG